AUGAUAUUUGCCAUCGAUGAGAUAAACAACAGCACAGAGCUGCUGCCAGGCGUUACACUCGGUUACCAAAUCCAUGACUCGUGUGCUUCAGUGUCUAUUGCUGUGCAAAAAGCCCUUCAGCUCACAAAUGGCCAGGACCCAGAAUUUGACACCAGUCAGAACUGCUCAAACUCUGGCAUGGUUAUGGCUAUUGUUGGUGAGUCUUGGUCAACGCCAUCAAUCGCCAUGUCACGCGUCAUCGGGCACUUUGAUAUUCCUCUGGUCAGUCACUUUGCCACUUGUGCGUGUUUGUCUGAUAAACAGCAAUAUCCCAGCUUCUUCAGAACAAUCCCCAGUGACCAGUUCCAGGCUGAUGCACUGGUCAAACUGGUCAAACACUUCGGAUGGAGUUCGAUAGGGGCUAUCCGAUCUGACUCAGACUAUGGGAAUAAUGGCAUGGCAUCAUUCCUGUAUGCAGCCCAGAAAGAAGGCAUCUGUGUGGAAUACUCUGAGUCUUUCUCUGGGACCCACCCACGAAGCAGAAUCCAGAGAGUGGCUGAAGUUAUCCGCAGGUCAACAUCUACGGUUAUUGUGGCAUUUUUAUCCUCUGGAGAUAUGAGGAUCCUUUUGGAGGAGCUUUCACUCCAGCCUUUUCCUCCUCACCAGUGGAUCGGCAGCGAGUCCUGGGUCACAGAUGCAGACUUGUUGAAGUAUAACUUCUGUGCAGGAGCCCUUGGAUUUAGUAUUGAACAGUCUGUCAUCCCAGGGCUCAGAGACUUCUUACUGGAUCUCUCUCCUACUGUAGUGACUGCAUCCCCUGUACUUACUGAGUUCUGGGAGGAAGCGUUUAACUGCAGACUGGGAAAAGGUGAAGGCACAGAUGAGAGGGUGUGUGAUGGAACUGAAGACAUACACAAUCUCCAGAGCUCAUACACUGACACAUCUCAGCUCCGAAUCAGUAACAUGGUGUAUAAGGUUGUGUAUGCAAUAGCACAUGCCAUUCACAAUGCAUUAUGUGUGGAAAGAAAUUCCACAAAUCACUGUGACCAGUUUGCUAAGAUUCAGUCCACACAGGUUUUCACUCAGCUGAGGAAAGUUAAUUUCUCUCAGAAUGGUUAUAGUGUUUCGUUUGAUGCCAAUGGUGAUCCUGUGGCCACAUAUGAGCUGGUAAACUGGCAGAAGAGUAAAACUGGGAGGAAUGAGUUUGUGACAGUAGGAUUCUAUGAUGCAUCGCUGCCACUGGGCCAGGAGGUCCAUAUCAACAAGGACAUCAGAUGGAUGGAGGGAAGUACACAAGUGCCUGUGUCAGUGUGCAGUGAGAGCUGUCAUCCAGGGACUCGUAAAGUGCUGCAGAAAGGAAAACCUGUUUGUUGCUAUGACUGUACACCAUGUCCUGAGGGAGAAAUAAGCAAUGUUACAGAUUCUCCUGAUUGUUUCCCUUGUCCCAGUGAGUUUUGGCCUAAUGCAAAUAGAGAUUCUUGUCUCCCCAAGCCUGUGGAGUUUCUCUCCUUCAAUGAGGUCUUAGGAAUCAUCCUGGUCUCAUUCUCAUGUUUUUAUGUGGAGUUGGAGAUGCAGAGACAAGCCAAGCUGUGCAGAUUGCUGCUUGGACAGAUGACCAGCCUGCAAGACAGUGAACCUUUGGCGCUGCAGUCAGAAGGGCAGGUAGUGAUCGGGGGGCUGUUCCCUCUUCAUUAUGUGGCUUCGGAGCCACAGCAGAGCUACCGUAACAAACCUCAACUCACAUCUUGCAGUGGGUUUGAUCACAGGGCCUUUCGUUGGAUGAUGACCAUGGUGUUUGCAGUGGAGGAAAUUAACUCUAAUUCCAGCCUGUUACCUGGUGUUAAACUGGGCUAUCGGAUUAUGGACAGCUGCGACCAUGUCCACACCAGCCUGCAGUCUCUCCUGUCUUUAGUCACAGAAAAGCUGCUGAAGGCAACUGAAAAUGAAGGUGCUAUUAACAGUGUUGCUGAUAAAACAGGAAAUUCUACAACUACUACAUGGUCCGAAAUCCCACCUUCAUGUCUGACUGGUUCUCCUGUGCCUGCUGUAAUUGGUCUUGCAUCAUCGUCUCCUACCAGAGCUGUGGCUCACACUCUCGGCCCUUUCAACAUCCCACUGGUGAGUUACUUUGCUACAUGUACCUGCCUUACUGACAAACAUUCGUACCCAUCAUUUUUGCGCACUGUGCCAAGUGAUCUCUUUCAAGUUCGAGGUCUUGUUCAGCUGGUCACCUACUUAGGCUGGAGCUGGGUGGGCACGAUAGGAACCAUGGAUGACUAUAGUCACUAUGGCAUUCAGGCAUUUUCUACUGACUUCAGAGAACAUGGUGGGUGUGUGGCGUUUCACCUAACCAUCCCCAAAUCCCCCACAGUGGCUGAGAUACAAGAAAUGGCUGACAUACUGCAAAAGUCCACAGCAAAGGUGGUAGUGGUAUUUGCAACAGAGGGACAGCUGCUGGAGCUGUUUUUAGAAGGCACACUGGGCUUCUCUUUCCCCGGAGUUACGAUCCCAGGCUUGAAAGAGUUCCUCCUUAAUGUUCGUCCGUCUCCCAAACCUGGGAUGGAAUUUGUUAACAUGUUUUGGGAAGACCUGUUUGAUUGUAAUCUACACGAUGGGACAGGUGAUAGAAAGUAUAAAAGUGCUGCUGAAAAACCUGUCUGCACUGGUUCAGAGAGUCUACAGCACACUCACAGCAGUUAUACUGAUUUCUCCCAAGUCAGAAUAUCCCAUAAUGUGUAUAAAGCUGUCUAUGCUAUUGCACAUGCAUUGCACUAUUUACUGAACUGUGAUUCUGCAGGACAAAAGGGAGAGUGUGACAAAAAUAAACCAUUUACGUCUUUGCAGUUGCUACAACAUCUGAAAACAGUGAAUUUCACCAACCAGUUUGGUGAAAAAGUACAUUUUGACUCCAAUGGUGAGCCGGUUCCUCUUUAUGACAUUAUAAACUGGCAGAAGGACAAUGAGGGUGAAAUGAGAUUUAUAAAAGUGGGGAGUUAUGAUGGUUCAGCUCCUUUGGGACAUCAGCUGAAGAUGGAGGAAAGGACCAUUAUAUGGACAGAUGGACAGUCACAGGUGCCUGUGUCUCAGUGCAGUGCCCCAUGCUCACCAGGUAGGCGACAGGCCAGACGACCUGGACAACCUCGCUGCUGCUUUGACUGUCUGCCCUGUGCUGAUGGAGAGAUCAGCAACCAGACUGGUUCCACUGAAUGCACAAAAUGUCCUGAGUAUUACUGGUCAGACAAAGAAAAGGUCAUAUGUGUCGCUGGAGUAGAAGAAUUCCUGUCUUUCUACGACACGAUGGGCAUCAUCCUGGUCACACUCACUCUGCUGGGUGUUGUUCUGACAACCAUCAUCACCGCUGUUUUCCACCGUUUCCGAUCCACUCCCAUCGUCAGGGCCAACAACUCCGAAAUAAGUUUCUUGCUUCUUCUGUCGCUGAAACUCUGCUUCCUGUGUUCCCUUGUGUUCAUCGGCCGGCCGUCUGUGUGGACAUGUCGGCUCCGUCAGGCAGCUUUUGGGGUCAGUUUUGUCCUCUGUCUGUCCUGCCUCCUUGUUAAGACCAUCGUGGUUCUUCUGGCCUUUCAGACUAGUGUCCCUGGUUCCAGGAUUCUCAGGAUGUUUGGUCCAUCUCAGCAGAGGGUUCUACUCCUCUGCACAACCGCUCCUCAGGUUUGUCUUUGUGCUGGUUGGCUUAUAGGUGCCCCUCCUUUUCCAUUCAGGAACCCAACCUACCAAGCCACAACUGGAAGAAUUGUCGUGGAGUGUCUGGAGCCAUGGCCUCCUGGAUUUUACUUAGUUCUGGGCUACAUCGGCCUGUUGGCUUUCCUCUGCCUCCUCCUGGCAUUCCUGGGACGCAAAUUACCCGACACAUUUAAUGAGGCGAAGCUCAUCACAUUCAGCAUGCUCAUUUUCUGGGCUGUGUGGAUCUCUUUCAUCCCAGCAUAUGUCAGCUCUCCCGGGAAAUUCACUGUGGCUGUGGAGAUAUUUGCUAUAUUAGCUUCCAGUUUUGGAUUAUUACUGUGUAUCUUUGUGCCCAAAUGUUACAUCAUUUUAUUUCAGCCUGAAAGAAAUAUCAAGAAAGGCAUGACUGGAAAAUAUGCCAGAUGA